AAGUGAGAGAGCGAGAACAUAAUUUUAUAUGUCAGUCAGAUCAGAAGCUAUUUUUUGUGAUAAAGAAGAAACCCGAAUAGUUGUUGAGCGCUGCGCCGGGCGGGAGCGGUAAAUGAAAGAAGCAUAUAUUUACAGCGACCUCGUUCAAACAUCGAGUCCGUCACGGCAGUGCAGUGCUCUCUGCGACAGCCACAAUACAAAAUCGAGAGACGUUCGUCCGUCAGUGACUGGCAGCGCGGCCAUGUUUGAGUACGAUUUCUGAAGUUACGGUGGCGAAGUGUGUACGGUUUGUUCCGCUAGUUUUCGCUGCGCUCGCACUACAGUGACAAUUUUGACAUUUCAAGGACCCCAAACGUCGCGGAGUUGACGAAGAAGAGGGCGCAUUUUGACGGUCGAAGGGAAAAUCAUCAGUCUGCUGCUGUGUGGGCCGCCAAUAGUCAGAUCUAGGACGGGGGCAUUUUUUGCUCGCCCCCCAAAUUGCGAUUGCGGAAUCCUGCAGAACUGUACAGUCGGCAGGGCGGAGGAUCAACACGACAAUUAGCCAGCGCGACCGAGGCGCAGGAGGCAAAAUAUGAAGAAAAUAGUGCAACCAGUGCGAAAGAUAUACGGAACUACCACCACAGUAGGAGGUCAACAGCAGCAGCAGCAGCAACAACAACAGCAACAAAGCACAAUGCAAAUGAACGCGGUGCGGAAAAUUAACAGUCUCUUGCAGAGCGGUGCAGUAUCGGUAACCGGAAUCUCCGGUAGUCAGGCACGCAUGAUGCCGAAAAAGCCACUCAACAACCAGCAAACAAGCGUCUCGAUUACGACCACAAACAGCUACGUCUCAAAGCAGCAGAAGUGCUAUGUCUGCGGUGACAACGCCGGUAUCAAUGCCACACUGCUGACAGAAGCUUCGACGGCCACUUCGCAGACAGAGUUCACUUCAAAGAUAGCCAAAAUCGUCGGCGAAGGCUACAUGGUAAUCAUCGGCACAGACGAUGUUGUGUGCAGGCGGUGCAUUACAAUGUUCAAUCAGAUGGACAAACUCGAAACAGACCUUGAACACGUGCGAAAUACGCUUACAAGUUUUAUUCAUAAAAAAUAUAACAUACUGGAUGAUGAUCCGGGUAUUGCGCCUCCGCCGGCGAAAAUUCAGAGGCUUGGUGGCCUGGGAACGACGGCUACGACGUACAGUUUGAAAACAGUGAACGACUCUGGACAGGAGAUUGCUGACGUAUCCAGAAAGACCAACACGUCCGGCACCCUGUCGGAUUUGACUAACAGCGGAAUGGAUAUCGAGAGUCAGUUAACAAAUAUGUUCGAAAAGCCACAGCAGAUUGUAACACAACAGUUACAACCACAGCAAUCACAAAUUCAGACUACCAAUAAUGGAGCAAAUAUCGUCAGUAGCACGGCCCAACAAGCGCCAUUGACGGCAAUCCGACGGAAUCCAAUUAAAAUGUACAAGUGCAUGUCCUGCGAUUUCAAGACACAGGAUCUGACACAAUUCCAACCUCACUACGAGCAGUGCAAGGCAAACACAAACCAGCAGCUCAUAACGCCUACUUCCACAGCCACGACGACCACAUCCUCUGCAUAUCGUUGCAAAUUGUGUAAGAAAAUUUUCGCCUCCGUUGCUUUGCUGAAACAGCACAACGCUCAGGAACAUCAAAAUCCUGCACAACAGUCAACCGAAAUCAAGAUCGUGGAACAGCAAGGCUCGGGAGCGACGAUAACGCAACUGUACGCCUGCAGCAUGUGCACUUACAAGACCCCGGAUAAGCUAAACUAUGACGAUCACCUGCGCAAGCACAUCAAGCUGAAACCGUUCAAGUGUCGUGUAUGUCUGAUGCGAUUUGAAACACGCGAACAAGCUUCAAUUCAUGCGAAGAAUCACCAACCCGAUUACUUCAAGUGCGGUAUCUGUAAUGUUACGUUUAACAAGCGUGAACUGCUAAUGAAACAUUUGGAAACUCACGAGAACGUUAAGAAACACGUCCCGGUACAGAAACACACGACAAUUACAACGGUUCAGCAGCCGCCUUCCCAGCAGCAAACCCAACAGAUCACCCACCAGCACCACCAAUCACAGCAACAGCAGCAGCAGCAGCAGCAAACAUCAGCACAGCUUCGUAUCAAAAACGAAAUUCCUGUGGCCGAUUCGUCGACGCAAAAACUACUGCAGGCAACGAUCGAUGAAGCGCUACGGGAUACGAUCGGCGAAACGAUCGAUGCGAAAUCGAUUCAAUUCCACUCCUGCAACACCUGCUCCCUGACAUUCCUAAACGAGAAGCUCUACACUCAGCAUAUGAAGAUGCACUCCGGAUCGGCUGGCAGUGCCGCGGCUCCGUUGACCAGUAGUCAAACAGUUGGCGGUGGAACGACCAUCACCACCAGCAAGAAGCUGGUGAGCGCGAAUGCGUCCACACUGAACAACGGCGGUCAGGAGCUGCACGGCAAAUUGCUCGCUCCGGGCGGUGCUCCCGGGUCCACCCUCACCACUAGCCAUAGUAUCUCGGAUGGCGAUCUGGAAAGCAUAUUCGAGAAGAUACACUCCGACAAGAACGAUAUGAACCCUGGCGACAAUAUGGUCAUCACCAGCCAGGAUAAUGCUACCGGUAACAUCACGUACAGCAUUACGUUGGCCCAACAAGGCCAGCAGGCACAGACGUAUGUUCAGCAGCAGCAAUCGGAGAUGGCCGAUAGCAAGAUGUUAACUCAAAAUCAAAUAAAACAGCCACAGACUGCUGUCAGUAUUGACAUGCCAACGCUCGAUCAGGGUGAUGAGCAGCAACAACAACAGCAGGGUCAGCUUCCUCCCAAGCAGGAAACGAUGAACAUGCCCGUUAGCAUGCCCAGCCUCGACGAUGAUGGCGAACAGUCGCAAAAUAGUCAAAACUCGAAUGCGGAAGGUGCGGUCCACAUGGAACUCGAGGGUAUGCAAGACGCCGAUGGUCAGCAGAUUAAGUUCAUUCUUAACGAGAACGGGCAGAUAUUGCAACUGGAUAACCACAUACUGACCACGGAUGCGGACGGAAAUCAGAUUCUGGUUCAGGGUACGGACAGCGAACAGAUUCAGCAGCUCCUGCAGAGUGUUGGAGUGGUAAUGCAAAGCGGCGAAGGUUUGGGAGAAGGUGAAACGUUACAGAUGAUCGGUGGUGACGGUCAGACAGGGCAGAUGAUUCUGGUGCAAGGCGCUGAUGGACAGGAACAGUUAAUUGAUGCUUCGUUGCUGAAUGCCGAUGGAAACAUUGUUAUUCAACAGUCCCAAGAAGGUGAACUUAAUGCCGAAGGGACACAUAUAACCACUGAAGAUGGUCUGCAGAUUCCAGUGUCUGUGGCAUUCACCACCUCGGGUGAGGUGGACCAGGAAGGUAAUUUAACUGUCUCCAUGGCGGGUGGGGAAGGCGGCGAACAGCAGAUACAGUUACAUCUUCAACAUGCAGGUAAUGAAGGCGACGAACAGCACCAAUUGGACGGAUCCGAGGGUCAACAGGCUAUCCUCACCGAAGGUGGUCACAUCAUUCUUCACACUCAGGAGCAGGUCGAUGAGCAACAGAAACAGGAUGAAGAAAGUAGUGCUCAGAACGCAUCAAGUGGCGGGGCGGAUACAAACGCCACCGGUAGUGGAUCUGCGGCUGGCAAUGGUAGCAGUACAAAUGCAACAGCCGCCGGUGCCGACGAGCAGGGCAUGUUUAACUUUGAUGAACUCAUUCAGCCUCAGGUUGUUAUCAAACAGCAGGCUCAAACGCGACACCCGCACUAUUCGCACGCUAAUUAUCGUGAGAGGUCCUUGUUACAACAUAAUAACAAGUAAUAAGUUUACUUUUGUUUAAACAAAAUACACCGAACGGAGACAAGAUACAAAAUAAAUAUUAUUAAUUAUAACAUUAAUGAUAACAAUUAGGAAGCAACUAGUUUUUUCUUAGAAAUUAAAGCCACUACAAAACUGCAGAAGACAAACGAGUCUAAUGAAUUUGGUGUAAUAUUUGAAAUGUUUUCCCAAUAAAGAUUUCAAAAAAUACACCGCAAAAGUGUCUGUCUUUUGUGUACUUUUGAUAAUAUCAAUAAUUCAUCUGUAGUACGUUAAAAGUUUUACACAAACACAUGUACCUAUCCGAACAAUCCAUCAUCCUGUUCGCAUGCUUCAUUUAGUCUUCCGUUAUAUGUUCUUUGAAAACUUAUUCUCACUAGAUUCAGUUAACAAUUACUAAUAAAAAAAAUAACAAGAAUUUAUUUCGAUCGAUCGAGGUUCAAUAAUGACGUAUUGCACUCUAAUAUUGAUCUACAGUACUAUCCGCCGAUGGUUUUCGACACGCUGCACCUUCAUUAGUCUUGGAUUUAAUAAUUGCUAGAGUUGAUUGUUCUACCAUUUUCGUAUAUAUCAUAUACUGCCGUUCUACGCAUAAUUGUCUCAUAUUCUGUGGGUUUCCCAAUAUAAAUCGAACAAUUAUGCGAAGAACGGCAGUUUAAGACUUAAUCUAUUUUUCAAUCACUUAUAUUACGUGACUCAAGAUCAUUAGGUAAACGGAGCCAGUUUAUCAUGUAACGUUUUAUAUUAAAAUAAAAUCAACGACGUAUAUUUUACUGGAUCUUGAUAUCCUGUUUUUCUCGGAGGAAAAAAAAUGAAAAAUUGACUGUUGAACGGUAAUUUCGUCAAAAGCCGUCUCGCCGAAAGGGUCAUUUCAUAGAAUGCUAUUCUACCGAAAGGGUCAUUUCUCCGAAUCGUACACUCUUGAUAUCGUGAUUGGAAUUAAUUCGUUGAUAUCGUGAUUGGAAUUAAUUAAAACUAAAGGCAAAUAAAAUAUGAUAACGCUUACGCCCGUUUUGUUGACCUACAAUCGUACUUCUGAAAUAUCUCACAUUGAAAAAAGGAUGAAUUCAUUUCCCCGUGUUUACUUCAAGAAGACUACUCUAUUGAUCGUACUGUCUAUGAUCCUCAGAACGGAAGUUUCAACAAAACAUGUUCACCCCGAUUCUGAAUUUCGUUCGAAUCGGAUUAUUUCGAUCGAAUACAAAAUAUUGCAUUCUGUAUCUCGAUCGAAUAACAGACUGCAAAUUUUCACAUUCGAUCGAAGUAAUCCGAUUCGAUCGAAAUACAGAAUAGGAGUGGUUGAUUUUAUUAGCUACUAAGCACCAAAGCAUUUGCAAUUGUUUGCGGUAUUUUUCGUAACUGAUUGCAAUAGAAAAAAAAACUUUUUUAAUCCACCUAGUGGUGUAAUGAUGCCUUUUUCAUAUCAAUGAUACUAUCAUAUCUAAUACUGGGUAUUCCUCAAAAAAAAUAUCCAUUCUUGGAAAAAUAACCCGAAUCGGUUUGUUUGGUCGUCUAUGGAUAAUGACUACCGGUUGGAGUAACUUUGAUGUCGAUUAAGAUUUUUUUUACGGUUUUCGUUUCGCCCUUUUAAGUGAUGGGAUUUACACUAUAAUUUCGGAACGGUCAGUAAGGGCGAAACGAAAACUUUUGUUAAUAUAAUUUCUUUGCAUAUUUUACCUCAUAACGCCGGAACCGGAAGUCAGAUCCAAACAAAAUUCAGGACCUUUGUAUGGGAUUAAAAGGCCUUUCAUUUUCAAAAGUCAAAAAACGUCACAUACUACAUGGAAUGAGAAGUCCAGGGCCUAACAGAAAAAGGUCGAUUUUGUGCCGUGAAAAAAAAAGAUUUGUCAAGGUCUUCAAAAUAGGCUUCCGUUUCUGAAUUCGACGAAAAUUUCAUUCCCUGGAAAAACCUUUUCAGGUUUGGAAAUGAUGCGGGGGGAUGGUGGACCAAAUUCAAAAGAGCUGUCGAUUUUGACCUUCUUUGAUUUUCUUCUUUGAGAGCUGAAAUUGGUUUUUGAGAGUUUGGAAAAAAAAUCUUACUUUACCUAACAGCUAUAGGCCUGGGGUGUCCUUUGCUGUAUCAAGCAUACGUCUCCACAUAACUCGGUCCAUGGCUGCUCGUCGCCAGCCACUCAAGGCACGGAUGCUUCUGAGAUCACCCUUCACUUGAUCGAUCCACCUUGCUCGCUGCGCUCCUCUUCUUCUUGUACCAGUCGGAUUAGAUUCAAGAACCAUUUUCACUGGGCUGUCGUCCGACAUCCUUAUGACAUGCCCAGCCCAUCGUAGACGUCCGAUUUUAGCUGUCCGUACGAUAGGUGGUUCUCCUAGCAGCUGUUGCAAUUCGUGAUUCAUACGCCGUCUCCACAUUCCGUCUUCCAUCUGCACUCCGCCAUAGAUGGUCCUCAGUACCUUUCUUUCGAAAACACUGAGGGCGCGUUGGUCCGCUGCCAACAUAGUCCAGGUCUCGUGAAAAUAGAGAAAAACCGGUCUAAUAAGCGUUUUGUAGAUGGUCAAUUUCGUGCGGUGGCCUACUUUUCUCGAUCGAAGGGUUUUUCUGAGUCCAAAGUGAGCCCAAAUACACGAACUCGUCAACCACUUCGAUAUCGUCACCGUUUAUCAAUAUUCGUGGUGGAAGCCGUAGUGUUUCUUCUUUAGAGCCCCUUCCUCUCAUGUAUUUUGUUUUUGACGCAUUUAUGGCCAGUCCGAUACGCCUAGCUUCAGCUUUCAGUCCGAUGUAGGUUUCCGUCAUCUUCUCAAGGUUACGUCAGCCAAAAAGUUGUACGGACUUUCGGAAGAUCGUGCCACUCGUGUCGAUCCUCGCUCUUCGAAUCACAUCUUCCAGGGCAAUAUUGAACAAGAUACAAGAAAUUCGAAGGGACUCGAGAGCGUCCCAGAUACUCGGACGUAGCACAUCACUCUAUCCAUCGUUGCUUUGACCAAUCUCGUCAGUUUAUCCAGGAAACCGUAUUCGUGCAUUAUCUGCCAUAGCUGUUCUCGAUCGAUUGUCGUAUGUCGCUUUGAAGUCAAUGAAUAGGUGAUGCGUGGGUACGUUGUAUUCACGACACUUCUGGAGUACUUGUCUUAUCGCGAAUAUGUGAUCCGUAGUGGCGCGAGCUCCAGUAAAUCCCGCUUGGUACGGCCCUACGAAUUCCUUAGCUAUUGGUGAUAGACGACGGCAAAGGAUUUGGAAGAGUACCUUGUAGGCGGCGUUCAGCAAUGUGAUUGCGCGGUAAUUGCAACAGUCUAGCUUAUCAUCCUUUUUGUAGACGGGACAUACCACUCCAUCCAUCCAUUCUUGCGGUAGAAUCUCCUCCACCCAAAUCCUAGAAAUCAUCCAGUGCAGCGCUCUAACCAGUGCCUCUUCUCUAUGUUUGAGCAGCUCGCCUAGCAACUGGUCAUUGUCCGCAGCUUUAUUGCUCCUCAGCUUGCCGAUCUCCUCACUUAUCUCCGACAGAUCAGGUGCUGGGAAUCUGUCGUCGGCUGAGCGUGCACCCAGAUUGAUUCCUGUACCGUUCUCUGGAUCUUGUGCUUCGCCAUUUAGAUGUUCGUCGUAGUACUGCUUCCACCUGUCGAUCACCUCAUGUUCGUUCGUGAGAAGGUUACCACUGGUAUCUCUGCACAUUUCGGCCUGUGGUGUGUAGCCUCUACGUGAGCGGUUCACCUUCUCAUAGAACUUCCGUGUGCCAUUUGCGCGGUACAGCUGUUCCAUCGCUUCGCGAUCUUGGUCUUCCUGGUAGCGCUUUUUCUUCCGGAAAACCGUGUUCUGUCUGUUCCGCGCCUGUCUGUAUCGUUCCUCGUUCGCUCUAGUGUGGUGUUGCAGCAUCCUCGUCCUUGCUGCAUUCUUCUCUUCAACCAACUGCUGACAUUCGCCGUCAAACCAGUCAUUUCCUCGAUUCGAUAACCUAGAACGGUUGCAGCAGUGCUACUCAUGGCGGACCUUAUGUUCCUCCAGCCGUCUUCAAGAGUGGCCGCGCCAAGCUGCUCUUCCGUUGGUAGCACUAGCUCCAGUUGUUGCGCGUAUUCCUCUGCAGUACGAAUGUACUCGAGAUUGAGCUGCUCGAGAUUGAGUCCCGGCGUUCCUGUGCGACGAGUAUUGUGCACCGUCGAUAGUUUUGAGCUCAUACAAACCGCGACAAGGUAGUGGUCAGAAUCAAUAUUGGCACUGCGGUAAGUGCGGGCAUUGAUGACGUCGGAGAAGAAUCGCCCGUCGAUGAGAAUGUGGUCGAUUUGAUUUUCCGUAUGUUGAUCAGGUGAUCUCCAGGUGGCUUUGUGGAUAUCUUUGCGGGGGAAGAAGGUGCUGAUUUGUUCAGUGAAUCUAUGAUCAAUUUCAACUUUCGAUUUCAGUAGGAUCACUAGAAUGCAGAUAAUGAUGUCGACAAGAAAUCAAAUUUAGAUCAUCUCAGUCGGUUGAGGCAUAGAUUGUUGUUUUUUCCAGAGCGACAAGUGACUGUUUUGAAAGAAAAGAAUAUCAUAUAUGUUGUAAGAUGGAAUCGGUUUUACGGGAAGAGAAUUCGUCCUUGUUCGUUCAUUUUGAGGCUUAUAGUUAUUUUUUUCACUAGACUAUACUAGGCUAAAAUAGUAUUGGAAUGCACUAGACAUGAACAAUCCGUUUGCUAACAGUUCAAAAGAUCUAGUUCUCAUCGAAGAGUAAGUGAACUGGAGUUCUUUAUUGAAGAAUGAUAGUUCUCUAUUUUUCUCAAUAGAUAUAAAAGUAAUCGAUUUUUUUUGGGAAUGUAUACAAAUUAGUUGCGUCUUCCGGAACGUUUUCUGGUUCGAGGUAAAACUAUUAAGUUUUGAGCGGUUUUUUGAAAUGAGCAUUAUUGGAAAAAGUAUGAAGUCUGAAUAAAAUGUGUUGAUUUUUGAACAAAAUUGAGUUUUUAUCUUGAAUACGAAUAACAUUAGUGGCGAAGUAAUAGACAAAAUAAAGAUGGAAUACAUUGAGCUGGGAUGUACUGUCAGUUCAGAAGAUGAGCGUUUGGACAAAUUGUGGAUGAAAUUUUUAUACGUAGUUCCAAGGACUACUGUAAUCUUAAAUUUUCUAUCAAGCAAAUCGUCAUACUCUCGAACAAAAACCUAUUGAAAUUCUUGUGGCUCAGCGUAUUGUUGAUAAUGCUAUACUGAAUGAGGUAUUUAACAAACCAGCACUCAUAAUCAUAUAAUCGAUACAAGGAGGCUGUCGAAUCGAAGAAACAGUUUCUAAUCACGAUCAGAACUGUUGUUUUCACUCCUCACCCUUCUUCACAACCGAAAGUCGGAUCAGGACAAGGGGAGGACGCUUAGAACAAUGUGCCAAUCACACAGUAACACAAUGCGUUGGUGCAUUUAUCAAUAUUGGCACUUUUGUUUUCAUACAGUUGCACAGUUGAGGCACACAAAGGGCUCAGUUUUGACAAGUAGCUGGUUCAUGGGGCACACAAUGGCACACUUAGACUCACUGUUUUUUUAGAGGCACAACAUUGUUUGUGUUAAACGACUCUCCCCUUGCAUCAGGAUGAAAUUCGUAUCGGACCACAAGAAAAUCGGUUCAACCAUCUCUGAGAAAAUAAAGUGCUCAAAAAUGUUACAUACCUACAUACACACAUGCAGACAUUUUCUGAUCUUGACGAACUGAUUCGAAUGGUCUAGACACUCAGUUUUUCGGGUAUUGGUUCGAAAAUCGGGUUUCACAGUGAUUGUACGACCUCUCUACAUGAGAAAGCCAAGAAAGACUUUUGGCCACUGUUAUUGAAACUCAUCAUAAUGAAUAUUCUCUAUUUAUAAAUCCCGAAAAAUACUGCAUUUCUCAACUCGCGAUGUUCUUUUGGACAUGGGAUUUCUAUUGAAAGCUUGAAUAAGUGAAAUAUUUGAAAAAAUACUGAAUAUAGACGAUUUGGGCCUGUUCUAAAACCCGGAAUUUUUUAUCUUGCGCACCGGGAAAUUGAAAUCGCGGCAAUUAAUUUGCCACCCUGCAUUUUGUGUACUCGACGAACUGAGUCGAAUGGUAUAUGGAACUCGGUUCAUAAAUCGGUUUUCACAGUGAUUUCGGCGAAUUGAUCGACUCGGCGAAACAACUUCCAACGAAAUGGCUUUCGGCGAAAUCACCCGCUGCCUACGUUAAACGUUAAAACUACGUCAAAAACAUCGUUUUGUGACUGUUUAGUCAAUUUAUCAUCUUCAGUACUGUUCGAGUUGUUGGAAUCCAUCCGAAAUUUUGCAUUAUGCAUCUCGAUCGAGUUUGAGUUUUCCAUACAAAAGUAUCACUCAAUCGGAUUAUAGAAUGGAAAUUUUCACAUUCGUUCGAAAUAAUCCGAUUCGAUCGAAAUGCAGAAUAGGGGCGAAUGUCUAAUUUUUCCUGUUUUUUAUUAGGGAUUCCCCAAAUAGAUACAUCUGUUUCGUACACAUACGAUCUCUUUUUUCCACUCUUCAAUAUGUGUGUUUGCAUUCAACUAAACUCUUUUACAAAACAAGAAUCAGUACCGAACCUACUUGCACUUCGUGUGGUUCGUUAAUGCCGGAGAAAAGGUUGUCUAUGCACAUGUGCCGAUUUGUUUUAUGCGCCGUUCGCUUUGCACGCUUGCGAUUUCUUCGCAUUCGAGGAAAAAACAGGAUGACCUUGGUCAUGGAGUGCUGGAUGAUCGUAAUCAGGGGUGGAAUCAUGUAAGGUGAUAAGUGACUAUCACCUUCUGGUGAUAAAGAGGUGAUCACCAGAAUGUUUGGAAUCACCGAAGGUGAUCACUUUUACUAUCACCGUCACCGGUGAUUGAGCCAACUUCACUCCAUUUAUCACCUGUCAAGAAACGUCAAUUUUUCUGGAGUAAAAUAUAAAUGUGACGUAUACCGUUGAUAUUAGGAGGAGUAACAUAUGAAAGUGGCGUAUACCCAAAUAAUAUUUUAAAAUCUAAAUUUUUAUUCCUAUAGUUUUCAAUCAUUUUCAUUAAUUCGAGUCAUGUUUAUCAAUGAUGAUUUGUAUGGAUCGAAGAAUAACGUUGAAAAAAGUUGCCUCGCGAGUAUGACUAACUGUGCAAUUCACUUGUUGGUUUAAUUUAGUGCCGAUUUUUAUUUUUCAAUGGAAAUCAAUGUCACAGUCAGUUCUUUGGGAUAAAUUUGCUAGCUUUGAAAUGACACGAAUUGUUAGAUCUUCUUGAUGUUUCACAACUGAUGGCAUUCCUCUCGAAUGAGAUAGAUCCGUUAAAUAAUUUUGUGUAUAGUUUUCAUUCACUUUACGAUUAUGGCAUUUCACAGAGCAUUCGAAUGCUAGUUCUAUUUUAGAAAUUUUACCCACCGGCACUACAAAUAUCCACUAUGAUUAGCAGCAUCUAAUUGUCCAAAAAUAUUGAUUCAACUCACAAGAAGAAAAUUAAGAACGCAAUUUAAUCUUUUUUACUCGUUCAGUUGAACGAGACUGAUAUGUCGCUCACUACUAAGUCACGACCAUCUAAUUCUACUGAAAAUGUUAGCAGAUUUUUUAUGUUGUUACGUUAUGUGCAACAGGAGAUGUCUACAUUCAUAAACUUAUCACUUUUCCAGAAAGCAAUUUAUCUUUGACUCUACGAAUACCCCAAUAAUAGUUACAACAUAAAUGAAUUGAUUUAAUUUAUAAAUACUACCGUUCAUUCUAUGAAUUCUUUAAACUAUACAAACUAAGUUACAUUUUGGUAUUUAAUUUUGACACAAUAUCAGUACGAAUUUUAUAAAAAAAUAAUAAUCUCCGACCAAUUUUGGUAGGUUAGUGGCUUAAAAUUCACCUAACGGACAAUAAUUUAUAAAGCCACUUCUCAAAAAAUCAAAUCACUACUAAAAGUGAUAACUAAAUUGCUAUCACCUCCAUUAUGACAUGAAGGUGAUUAAAUCGUGGUGACUAUCACCUUACGUAAUUCCAACAUUUGAUAGUGAUGUUAGCCUUUCAGCAGUGGUGACAGAACUUGGUGAUUAUCACCUUACAUGAUUCCAAAUUUUCAAAAGUGAUAAUCACUUGGUGAUAAUCACCUUACAUGAUUCCACCCCAGUACUUGCCACCACCAACACAUUAAACGGUCCAGGGCAUCCAACAUGCUCAAAGAAUUAUUUUUGAAGAAAUGCUUCGCAUAGAUACUAGUAAGUUUAAAUGGUACACAAAAACCUGCCGCCUAAACGUUCCAAACAAAUUUAAGUUGUGAUAUUGACAAUAGUUUUGUGGUCCUACGCGAUCAGUUCUAACAAUCCCAUUCCAUGUACACUCAGAAAAAUAAGAUGGUAACAGCUACCAUAUGAGAGGUUAGUUUAACCAUACGAGAAUAGUGAUUUUCAGCACACAAUAAAAUCAGAUAAUGUUAACAAUAUGCAAGCUCACUUUUACUAUGAAUGGUUUUGACUCUAGAAUAGUAAUAUUGAACUGUAUAUCGUAUGAAUAACUACAAAAAUUGAAAUGUUUAGCAUAACCAUGAAAGAAUUUUAUUUUUACAUUGUACUUAUUGUGGCACUAGUUAAUGCCAUGGUAUUUUUUACAUUUCACUUCUGGUUCUUUCGGAACACGGAAUUAUGGUUAAUUUGACAAUGGUUAAGAUCAUUCGAACUUGCAAAAAUAUUCAAAAGUUAUAUAAAUUGAAAUUUUGGUACAAAAAAAACGGGAAGACAUUAAAACCUGCUUUAUUUUUCUAAUACAUUUUUCAUUGAUUUAACAUUAUAUAUAAACAUUUUUCAAAAUUUAUUUAUAGUAUUUCUGAUUCUGAGCCAUUUUUUUCAGCAAUGAAACGAACGACUUCUGGCAAUUGAUUUUGUUUUUGAAUAUUCGUUACUUUCAACUUUUCUGUGAUGAUAAAUUUACCUUCACUAGCUUGUUUUUUGAACGCUUGUAGGCAAUUUCUUGGGGAAUAAUACUGUUCCUAUAAAAGUGUAGAAAAAACGUGAACUUAACUUAACGGAAAACUCAGCAAAUUUUUCGGAUAUUGUUUCCGAAAAAGCUUCCAUAUGCGCUAGAGAUAUUCAUGUGACAGAAGCGUUGAUUGACAAUUUGUUAAAAGGAAAUACAUAGUCGGUUGAAAACCACCAUACGACAAUGUUCGUUCUACAUAAAUUAUGUUCAUAUGAACAAUAUGUAUAUUGCUUUCAAACUUGACAAUCUCUAUCCAACUAUAUGUUUAUUUAUAGUAACAUUAUUAUGUUCUGAAGAAGAACUUACUCACAUGGUAGUCAUAACUAUAUCACUUCUCAACUUUAUUAUGACCGAAAGCUCAAUUUCACCUUACUUGUAAUUGUCAUUGGGACUUUUUCGUUCUUAUUUUAAUGAUUGUCAGAAUUACCACACCAGAAAAGUCAUAAAGACAAAUAGUAUAGUCAUGUAGUAGAUUUUUGUUCUAGUGCUUAUUACAAUACAGAUGGUAAAUAAUCUGAUAUCAUGGUCGUUGCUAUUAUUUGAGUGCAUAGUUGAAAUGAGUAUGAGGAACAAGUUGCGGUUACUGUAAUAUUUUUCUGAGUGUACACUGAUAAAAAUUUGUACGAUCGAUUCAUAUGUAAAUAACACUUCAAUUUAAUGUGCUUUUUCAUGUGCAAAUUCACUAAGAAGCAAGGUGAGAUUACUUUUCACUUAGCUUUGAUGUGUUUUUCUUUUCGAUGUGAUGUGUUUUGCUAUUGAAUCGAACUACAUGUGUUAAGCACUUCAUUUUCUGGUGGAAAUGAGUGCAGUACAAAUGUACGUGCAAAACACUUCGAUUCGGUCAACUGCGUUUCAAUUGAAAUCUAUAUAAAAACAAUGCGAUAUUCAUAUGAAAUUCAUAUAGAAUCUAGAGGUAACGAUAAAUCUUCUCAUUUUGAUGUGCAGUUCAGAUAAAUGUAACAUGAUUUCCACUAAAUAUCAACAGGCUUUACAUUCCUUUUAUGAGUUAAGUGUAUGUUUUAAUGAAUUUCAUGUGUUCUACAAGUAGUGAUAGUUCAAAUGCUAGCGUGCAAAUUAAUUUCAGUGUAGUUUUUUCGUUGUAAAUUUUGUUAAUCUGUUUCACGUGGGUUUCCUGCUAAUCAAAAUAGCUUUCUUUUCAUAUAUAAUUUUGCAGAUAUGAAAUGCGGUAUUUUUUGCUUUGUUCACCAAACAAAAUUUAGCUAAAGAUUCGCAACAAAAGUUGCGUGACAAUACACGAAAACAAGAUCGUAAAACCAACUUCAUACAGAUACUUUUUCAUCAAAAAACAUAAAUAUACCUAAAAUAAUAAACAUUAGCAAUGGUUAUGCUAAUUUUUUU